AAUAUAGGAUGGACUGUUUUAGUGUUGUAUUGACUACGCUCUACCGAAACAAUGUCUCGAGCAGUACCGUCUGGUAUGGCUUUCGAAAUCAAACGAAAGUUGGAGGAAAGUUACGAUUACGACGGGGAACUGAAUGCGAGAUUAUGGAUAGAGGACGUUACUGGAAUAUUGAUGGACGACCCACCUUCGGAAAUAGAGUCUCUUGAACAAUUGAACGAAUGGAGAAUCAACCAAAGAGAAUUGGGAUCGAAAAAGUUCGCACGAGUCCUCAGAGAUGGAAUCUUCCUUUGCAGAUUAGUGAACACUUUAGAACCGGGAACAAUAAAAAAAGUCCAUGAAGAAAAUCUAAAUCGUUUUAAAAUGACAGAGAACAUCUACAACUUUUUAGUAGCUGCACAGAAAUGGGGUUGCAAUGCACAAGAUCUUUUUCAAACUGUUGAUUUGUACGAAGAAAGAAAUAUGAACCAGGUACUAAAUGGAAUUUAUGCAGUUGCUAGAAAGGCGCAAAUGAGAAGUAUCGACGACCAAUUUCCAACGUUGGGUCCCAAAGAGGCCAAAUACAAUCCGCGUAAUUUUACCAGAGAGCAACUAGAAAUGGGAAAAUACGUUUGCGGACUACGAUUCUAGUUGGAAUAGUUAGACUAUAUGAAACCUAGCGUGUAUAUUUUGUGCGUUGCAACAAGAGCACAGUAGUAUUUAAUAGAUAUAAAGCUAACAUGUUUUGCCAAGUAAGAAAUUAGAUGAUUAUACGUUUUGGCUCUAAUUGAUAUACGAUAAAAAUAGUUAUGUUUAUGAAGUAGCACGACUUUAUCAGAGGAAAACAAUACUUCAAAUGAGGUAUGCCUGCAGCUGUAAACUACCUAUUUGAAACCAGCUAUAAAUUAUGACGCUUCGCUACAUCCCCACACAUUGAAAGUGAUGGUUGGUGACACGGCAAUAUUUCCCACCUUUUUCUCUUUCACAAACUGUGAUGUUUAGUACCGUUAAUGUAGAAAUGCAGCGAUAUUAAAAUGUAGUGUAUUUUGGCGAAGAAAA